AUGCUGGAGGAUGAGGAUGGGAUGAGCGAGAGGGGGCUCAGCAGCUCCAGGAGGAGAUACGAGGAUGAGGAAGAUUACCACUCCAUCUACAUCGGGGUGCCGGUGCCGCGGGGGUACCGCAGGAAGCGGCGCCGCCGGAGAUCUCCCGGUUCCAGCCGGGACCGGAGCGAGAGCGAGCGGCACUUCGAGCGCCAGGACCACUCGGACACCGACGACGGCGGCCACGGCUGCUACGAGAGCGGCAAUGACAACGCCAGCAGGACCAUGUCUCCGGCUGCCGAACGUCUCCGCUACAUCCUGGGAGAAGAUGAUGAGCCUCCCAAUCCCACCCUUUUCACGGAGAUGGACACCCUGCAGCACGAUGGGGAGGAGAUGGAGUGGAAGGAAUCAGCCAGGUGGAUCAAGUUUGAAGAGAAGGUGGAGGAAGGUGGGGAGAGAUGGAGCAAACCCCACGUGUCCACGUUGUCCUUGCACAGCCUGUUCGAGCUGCGGACGUGUCUCCAGACGGGAACGGUGCUCCUGGACCUGGAUGGCUACUCCUUGCCCCAAAUUAUAGAUGAUGUCAUUGAGAAGCAGAUCGAGGAUGGUCUGCUCAAGCCAGAGCUGAGGGAGAAGAUCAGCUAUGUGCUGCUGAGAAAGCACCGCCACCAAACCAAGAAGCCAAUCCACCGGUCCUUGGCCGAUAUCGGGAAAUCCGUCUCCUCCAACACGGGUCUUCUCCACCCCCAGGGUGUCAUGGAGAGCUUCCUGGGCACAGCCAUGGCAGGUUCCAUGUUCUGCCUCUUCGCUGGGCAGCCCCUCAUCAUCCUCAGCAGCACUGGCCCCAUCCUCAUCUUCGAGAAGCUGCUCUUCGACUUCAGCAAAGGCAACGGCAUCGACUACAUGGAAUUCCGCCUCUGGAUUGGGCUGCACUCGGCCCUACAGUGCCUUAUCCUGGUGGCCACCGAUGCCAGCUUCAUUAUAAAGUACAUCACACGCUUCACAGAGGAAGGCUUCUCCACCCUCAUCAGCUUCAUCUUCAUCUACGAUGCCAUCAAGAAGAUGAUCGGGGCCUUCAAGUACUACCCCAUCAACUCCGACUUCAAGCCCGACUACGUGACCAUGUACAAGUGCGAGUGCAUUGCUCCCGACCCAGCCAACGCGACCUUGUUCGAUGCUUCAGCUCCAGUGGCACCGAACACCACUAACGUUUCUCUGUCCAAUGCUAUUAACCUCACAGCUCUGGACUGGACUCAGCUCAGCAAGAAGGAAUGUCUCAAAUACGGCGGCAGCUUAGUGGGAAAAUCCUGCAAAUUUGUGCCCGACUUGGCCCUCAUGUCCUUCAUCCUCUUCUUCGGGACCUACUCCAUGACCUUGACCCUGAAGAAGUUCAAGUUCAGCCGUUAUUUCCCCACCAAGGUCAGGGCUUUCAUUGCUGAUUUUUCCAAUGUCUUCUCCAUCCUGAUUUUCUGUGGAGUGGAUGCCUGUUUUGGACUGGACACCCCCAAACUCCACAUUCCCAAUAUCAUCAAGCCCACCCGUUUGGACCGAGGGUGGUUUGUGUUCCCCUUUGGGAAGAACCCCUGGUGGGUUUACCUGGCCAGUGCCCUCCCUGCCCUCCUGGUCACCAUCCUCAUCUUCAUGGACCAGCAGAUCACGGCCGUCAUCGUCAACAGGAAGGAGCACAAGCUGCGGAAAGCAGCGGGUUACCACCUGGACCUGUUCUGGGUGGGCAUCCUGAUGGCCGUGUGCUCCUUCAUGGGGCUGCCCUGGUACGUGGCCGCCACCGUGAUCUCCAUCGCCCACAUCGACAGCCUGAAGAUGGAGACGGAGACCAGCGCGCCCGGGGAGCAGCCGCAGUUCCUGGGGGUCAGGGAGCAGAGGGUGACCGGGAUCAUCGUCUUCGUGCUCACGGGGAUUUCGGUCUUCCUGGCCCCCAUCCUGAAGUACAUUCCCAUGCCAGUGCUCUACGGUGUCUUCCUGUACAUGGGGGUGGCAUCACUGAACGGCAUCCAGUUUUGGGAUCGAUGCAAGCUCUUCCUCAUGCCGGCCAAGCACCAGCCCGACUACGUGUUCCUGCGGCACGUCCCCCUGCGGCGCAUCCACCUCUUCACCCUGGUGCAGAUCAUCUGCCUGGCCGUGCUCUGGAUCCUCAAAUCCACCGUGGCCGCCAUCAUCUUCCCCGUCAUGAUUUUAGCCCUGAUCCUGGUCAGGAGGCUGCUGGAUUUUGUCUUCUCCCAACACGACCUGGCCUGGAUCGACAACAUCAUCCCAGAGAAGGAGAAGAAGAAAGAGGACGACAAGAAGAAGAAGAAAAAAGGCAAUAAAGGAGACAGCAGCAGUGAUGAGGAGGAAAGAGGGCCUCCACCUGGAGCUUUGCGUUCUGAUUCCUCCCCGAAUGGUUCAGACAUGGAUCGCAGUAUUACCCUCCACCUGAAGAUUUCCUGCCCGUCCUCUCCUGCCUUUAACUACUCCCGGAGCCCGAUCUGUGCCGUGCCCCAGGUGAAGAUCGAGAUGGAGUCGGAUUACGAGGACACGGACACGGAGAAGGCCCCGCGGGACAUGGGCAGUGAGACCACGUUAUAGCCCCCCCAGCCCCCAGUUUAUAGAGAGAGAGAGACACCUGCACAUUCACAUAUAUAUAUAUAUAUAAAGGAAAUCGGGCUUAUUUUUCUAUGGGAGACUGGAGGCCCCGGGGGUUUUUGCUCCAGGGGUUUUUAGUGCCGUGAGGUGUUGGGUCCCCGCCCUUCCCGCUGGGAAACGGGGCUGGAAAGGUGGAAUUGGUGAUUUUGGCCCCGGAGCUGCUGCGGGGCUGGAGCAGCUGGAGGGGGUUGGGAUGUGGGAGCAGCUGAUGUGCUGGAGGAAAAGGGGGGUGACGCUUUUUGGGGGGGGUUUGGGGUAGGGAGGAGGGUUGAGCGGCUGAGGGAGAUUUGGCCCUGCUCCCAAAUCCCUGGAAUUGCAACGUGGCUCUUGGGGAGACUUGUUUUGGGAAGGGGGUGUGUUGGCAGCAGGGUGCUGGUCCUUUCCAUGGGAUCCCAGGUGUGGUGGGAGCGUCCAGAGGGACCUGGAUCUGCUGGGAUUGGGCUGAGGAGGAGGAGGAAGAGGAGGCACAGCAGGAUGGAGAGGAGCCUGGAGCUCCAGGGAGGGAAGGGAAGGAGGAGAAGCAGCUCGGGGUGAAGGUUGUUGCCACUUGAGGGCAACAACAACCAGGCUGUGGAGCAAGAGCAGGGCAGGGAAUGGGGCCUUGGUUUCUGCAGGAAAUUGGGAAUGGUUUCUGCAGGAAACAGGAAUGGGUUCUGCAGGGAAACAGGAAUGGGUUCUAGAGGGAAACAGGAAUAGGUUCUACAGGGAAACAGGAAUGGGUUCAGUAGGAAACAGGAAUGGGUUCUAGAGGGAAACAGGAAUAGGUUCUACAGGGAAACAGGAAUGGGUUCUGCAGGGAAAUCAGGAAUGGGUUCUGCAAGGAAUUUGGAACACUUUCUGUAGGAAAGAGGAAAGGUUUUUGUAGGAAUCAGGAAUGGUUUCUGCAGGGAACUGGGAACAGUUUCUGUAGGAAAGAGGAAUGGUUUCUGUAGGAAUCAGGAAUAGGUUCUGUAGGGUAUUGGGAAUGGUUUCUGCAGGGAAAUGGGAACAGUGGCUGCAGUGAAGCCCUUUGGUGGCCCAUCCCCAUGUCCUCACCAUGGCUCUCCAGGGCCACCCCUGGCCCGGGAACAGCCCCGUCCCUUCCUCUGGGUGGGAGUGAGACAGUCCCAAGCCAGGAGCGAGACAGACAUUCCCAAGCCGUGCUCUCACUGGAGGAAUUCUCUCACUGGAGGAAUUCAAGGAUUCUCUGCUGCCCAGCCCUGUCCAAGGGGCUUCACUCCCACUUCAGCUCCUCCAUCCUGGUCAUUCCCAGCGGUUUAACAGCCGGUGGCUGGAACAGGGAGGGGAGAACAAGCACCUGGAGCAGGGAGGGCAGAGCCAGGACAAUCCCCCCUGUGCUCCAGGCUCACACCCAGCACCUCCCUGCCGGGUGUCCAUCAGCAUUUCAGCUCCAUAACGGGCUCUUCUCACCCACAGCCACCUCUGGAUCCUCUGGGAGAGGAAGGGAAGGGAGAAGGUUUGGAGCCAGGGAGGCUCCGAGCUCCCUUUGGCUCUGCCCAGCUCCCACACCUUUUUUCCAGCAGCACCAGGGCAGUGCUGAGGCUUUCAAGGAUUUUUUUCCCUCCACAGACCAAGCCCAAACACUGCUCUGAAACAACCCUCAAAUCUGUUUCUUUUACUCAUUUUUCUCUAGUCGAAUUCUGUAUUUUUUUUUCUCUAUUUCCAACCUCCCAGAGCCCCAAACCCCUUCCCCAGGAGCAGGACCACCCUGCCUGAUAUUUACACCAGCACUACUGGGGUUUCUGGGCCACCAGUUAAAUAUUGCAACUGGUCUGAACCUUUGUGUGGGACAGAUCCCUGUAAAUAGUCAAAGCCAACAGAGACUUGAAGGCAAUUUCCUAUUUAUAGCAAUUUUUUUUCUGGUUCAGGUGCAUUUCCCAGGGAGAGGGGGUGAGAGAAAUAACACAUUGUUACCCUAUCACCACUUCAGUGUUCAUGAACAGUCAGAACCAUUUCAACUCGAAGGCACUGUGUCUAUUUUGUAGCGUUUUGUACCAAUCCUGUGUGGUAGAAGCAUCGUAGGCUUAUGAUUUUAAUCAACCGGGUUAAUUCGCUUUAUCCAGCCCAUCAGCUCUAUUU